GCUGAGGCCACGUAUCACAUUAACUUGCCAUCUACACGGUGUAGUAGAUCCAAACAAAUUCAUCGAAAUGAAGAUAUUGAUUGUUCUCUGCGGUCUUCUACCGUUGUUUCAGGUAGCUGUUUCUUCCACGGUGGAUUCGAUGCCAGUUUCCGUUUUGAAUUACCUAAACCACGCUUCUGAGAUCGGAGAAAUUAUCCAUAAUAUAUCCACAUUAAUAUUUUUAGUGGAUCGUCAGGCUUUAUUACUGGUUCAGAACAUCUAUCAAAACGUCACCCAAGUGAAUUCAAGUUACGUAUCUGGAAUAGCUCCGAAUUUUAAGGAAGAGUAUAAAGGUAGAGCUUCGGAAUUCGCUGAAGACACAAUAUUAAACGAAGAUUGUUCAGAAUAUCUUCGGAAUCUCUUCAACGACCAUGAUAAACAUCAGGCAGAUCUGUCGGAGUAUAUUGAUAAGACUGUAAAAAAUUUGGAGACUGGCUUGCACGGCCUUUAUCAGUACUUCGCUGCUGCUAGAAAAUUGUUAGCGGAUUUAGAGGAGAAAGCUCGUGCUUGUCAUGUUCCUCUUCUGAAAAGUGACACAAAUAGCUCCUACAUUUGUAUAAAGGCUCUCAAAACGAAGGCUGUGCAACUUGAAGAGGUAAUUCGUCAACGCCUUUUAUAUGAGGCCAGAAAUAUUGCUGAUGCCGGAACGGGCGACCUGACAGACUUGAGCCGAUUAUUGAAUACCAGAGAAAUACCAAAUUUCUAUCAGAGAGCAGGGAUCGAGAGCGAGUUAAUGCUCUAUUGUCCACCUUGGGUGCCCGUGAAAUAGGAUGGCACUUUUAUUGACCCUUCGUUAGUCGCGUCUACUCUACGGCACCAGUGAAAUUCUAUUUUUUCGUAUAACCUCCGAAAAAACUUAUUAAAAAAUAUGAAAAAAUUUGUAUGCUUCACGGAUUUUAUCCAAAAACAUAUUCCGCCAUUUCUAACCACAGCCAAAGCACCCGACUAGAGAAAAUUCACUCCCAUUCUAACUGGAAAUAAAAAAUACGGCGCCGUGCCGCGACUGAUCUUGUCAUGGAAAUAUUUAACACAGUGUUGCCACAGUUGUAGCUGCCGGGAGAUCAGCUAGUCCACUCUCCGAAUGAAUUGUGGCAACGGCGCGCUCAGAUUCACAUUACGGCGUGGCGCCGCGAUGCGAGUACUUAACCACGUCCGGCAGUUUCACGCGAGUAACGAAGGGUUAAAUGAUUAUAUUAAGGGUCAGUUUUGGGUUUAGUUAACCACGGUUAGACCACGGUUAAAGUUAAGUCAUCUCCGGGUUAACAUCCCCGAUUGGUUGGGUUCAGUGGUGGCGGAUAUUAACUCAACUUUCACCACGGGUCAACCCCGGUUAAAGUAGCUCUACCCUUCGACGGGGUUACGCUGUACUUUUGAACCAAAACGAUAAUUAAAUUGAGA